GUCAGUGGACUUGGGGGACUCAGGACCAGCCAGGGCAGCUAAGGGAGUGCUUGUGCCAACAUUCCUUGAAACCUAGGCAACACAGCUUAUCGCUCCAAAUCAGAACCAAACCUUCUGCUUGAAGAGAGGAAAGGGAAGAGUAAAGAGGACCUUUGUUUUGAAUCCUGGAAACCCUCUCAGUCACAGUAAGAUAGGGUUAUGAAGCCCUCCAUUCCAGGCCCUAGCUUCAAGAUGAUAUUUCUAGACACACCCUGUACCAGAAGGGAACUUGCUGCUUUAAAGAGAAGAACCCAGAGUCCUGGCAUAAUCCAUCAGCUGCUGACUAAAGAGCCUUGCACCCUAAAUAACCAGCAGCAAUACCUAGGUUUAAUGCAGAAGAGAAAGAAAGAUUGAAAGAAAAGGAAAGAAAUGGAAGAAAAUAAAAAUGGUAUCAACAAAAGGAGAGAAAAAAUGAUUAAAGAUUUUUAAGCAAUUCUUAAUUAUAUUGAAUACCAGCCCUCAUAGGAUGACAGUAAUGCAUCAAGGAUAAAUAUCAUAAGCAUACAAUUUGUAAAUGCAAGCCAGAAAAAAUAAACAUAAUAGUAAUCUUAAACCUAAUGGAAUAUCAUAUGAUUAUCUUUAUUAGUUGUGUGGUUAAGAUAGGAAAUGUAUAAAAAAGACAAAAUAAAAAAAAAAAAGCAUAGGAACUCUGCCUGUGUCAAAGGAUUUUAGGCCUACCCUGCACUAUUUAUUUUAUAUAUUGAGGCAAAAAAUUACUAAUCUGUAUUACAGCUGAGAAUUUCUUGAAUUUGGAGAUACAUCAGGUUUCUUCAACUACAGGUCAUCAUUACUCAAGGGAGUAUAUGAUGAUUUUUCAUGAGACUCACAGGUCAGUAUACUUUUGCAGGUAUUCAUUUCCUGAUCCUGUAAUUGUAUUUACUCUUUUCUAAAUUGACCUGCCAAAAUGUUGCAAUAUUAGUUUUACUUUCCCAUCUGCCCUGCACAAUCCUUCUUUUGCCUUUACAAAAGAAAGACAAGUCCCUGAUUUAUCUCUAAGUGUUAAUAUAGUGCAUCGUGCUAGCACGUAAAAAGACACUUCAAGGCAUCAAACAAAAAGUCAAUUAAACAUACGAAUGUUACUAGUAAGAAAAUUAAUGACAGAGAAACAAAUCCCACUACAAUUCAAGAGGUCUCCAAUUUAUAGAUUUCAUCAAAAUUAACUAAAACUUAGGCUAACAAAUGGUAGAUGAUGAAAUAAAUUUUAUGAUAUUUUACUAUUCUAUUUUGACCAUAAACUGUGUAUAAAAUAAUUGAGUGAUAUGAUUGUACAAAAAGUCUGAAGAGUACUACCUAUUUUUUUUUUUUUUUUUUGAGAUGGAAUCUAGCUCUGUCACCAAGCUGAAGUGCAGUGGUGCAAGCUUGGCUCACUGCAACUUCUGCCUCCUGAGUUCAAGUAAUUCUUUUGCCUCAGUGUCCCAAGUAGCUGGAAUUACAGGCAUGUGCCACCACGCCCAGAUGACUUUUGUAUUUUUAAUAGAGAUGGGGUUUGGCCAGGAUUGUCUCAGUCUCCUGACCUUGUAAUCGGCCCACCUCGGCCUCCCAAAGUGCUGGGAUUACCGGCGUGAGUCACUGCAACUAGCUAGUACUACCUAUUUUAUAUGUGAAAACUAGUUCUUAAAACUUUCAUUAAUACAAACAAAGUAUAGUAAUAAAAUUCAUGGAAAAGCCAGAAAAAUUCUACCAAAACUAAUAUUUAUUCAUAAGCUGUAUGUAACCUAUUUGGAGGAAAAGGGGAGGAAAAAUGCAUUUCAACACAAUGUUAAUGCUUCAUGUUUAAACAUUAUUUGGCAGGUUUCUACUCCUGGCUAUAGCUGAGUAUGUGGUUCCAAUCAGUCUUCUCUCAUUGAACAAUUAGAUAAGCUGGACAAAAUAUUUUAAUUAAUCUUCUUGAAGAUUGAUUGAAGGCUUUUGUGAGCAACUGAGGCUGUGAAGAAUUGUCAGACCAAGGUCUGGAAAAGAAGAAAUGUCUGAAAAGAUGAACUUAGUUUUUAGGGUGACUGUUUAACUAGAGUCAUUUGUCUGUUAACAUAUUGAAAGAAAAGCUGUGUGAGAAGUGCUUAGAAGCUAUGGUAAGCUUUUAAUAGACUUGUUGAUUUGAGGGGACAAAAUUUAGAUUCCAGAGCCUGGCAAGGAAAAUAUUCAUUAUUAAUAGCUCUUUCUUGAAUCUCAUCUCCUCUUGAACUCUCUGUUCUCUUUAUAAUUUCAUAAUAAAGUGCUGUCAAUAUAAAAGGCAGCAGUAAGAUAGGGCAAGCCAGGACACCAUAUGCUGAGGCACAAUGGGAAAGGUCAAUAUAUGGGUAAUCUAAAUUAAUAUGCAUUUGAUAAAAAAUAGUAUAAAGACAAUUAAAGUAACAAGAUUUGAAAUAUAUACCAACAAUAAUAUAAACACUUGCAAAUAUUGACUGUAUACUGUGUCACAAAGGAUAUCUCACCAAUGUCAAAGUUACAAAUUAUAGUAAAAAUGUUCUUCAUACUUUUUUUUUUUUUGAGACAGAGUCUUGCUGGAGUUAAAUGGCAUGAUUUUGGCUCACUGCAACCUCCACCUCCUGGGUUCAAGCAAUUCUUCUGCCUCAGCCUCCUGAGUAGCUGGGACUAAAGCCGUGUGCAACCACACCCAGCUAAUUCUUGUAUUUUAGUUGAGAUGGGUUUCACCAUGUAGUCCAAGAUGGUCUCAAUCUCUUGACUUUGUGAUCUGCCCUCGUUGGCCUCCCAAAGUGCUGGGACUACAGGCGUGAGCCAUCAUACCUGACCUUUCAUACUAUUUUUAAAAAGAAAAUUGUAUGCAAAUUUUAAAUUUGUAUUAAAUCCUAUUAUUUAAUAUAUAAAGUGAAUAUGAAAUUCUAUCACUCAAGGUAGUAAAUAUAGAUAUUAUAACCAGAAAAAUACAAACAAAAAGUAAGUGGAUGCUUGUCCUUCCUCCUAAUAAAUAAUUUAUGGUUCCUCUGUUAGCUUGGAAAUAAAAGUUUCUCUGAUGAUCUUUUCCUUAAACUUUACUUUGCUUAUGAAAAAACUUACUGUCUGAAUGCUGAGAAAAUUAAUUGAGAUAUUAUAAUUGCAUAUCCAAGGAUAAUCUAUGGGGGUCAGGUGUCUACUGGCAAGAUGGCUGAAUAGAAACAGCUCCCAUCUGCAGCUCCCGGUGAGAUAGAUGCAGAAGAGCAAGUGAUUUCUUCAUUUCCCAUUGAGGUACCCAGUUAAUCAUUUGGGACUGGUUGGACAGUGGGGGCAACCGACAGAGGGCAAGCCAAAGCAGGUGGGGUGUCGCUUCACCCAGGAAGCACAAGGAAUCAGGGGAUUUUCCUGCCUUAGCCAAGAGAAACCUUGAGAAACCUUGUACCAGGAAGAAUGGUGCAUUCUGGCCCAGACACUGUGCUUUGCUCACAGUAUUUACAAUCGACAGACCAGGAGAUUUCCUCCAGUGACUAUGCCACCAAGACUCUGAGUUUUAAGCACAAAACUGGGUGCCCAUUUGGGCAGACACUGAACUAAUUGCAGGAGUUUUUUGGUUUUGUUUUCCUUUCAUACCCCAGUGGCACCUGGAAUGCCAAUGAGACAGAAUCAUUCACUCCCUGGAAAGGGGGCUGAAUCCAGGGAGCCACGUGGUCUGGCUUGGUAGAUGCCACCCCACAGAGCCCAGCAAGCUAUGAUCCACAGGCUUGAAAUUCUUACUGCCAGCACAGCAGUCUGAGGUUGACCUGGGACCCUCAAGCUUGGUGGGGGAAAAGGCGUCCACCAUUGCUGAAGCUUGAGUAGACAGUUUUGCAGUGUAAACAAAGCCACUGGGAAGUUUGAACUGGGCAGAGCCCACCACACUUCAGCAAGCCUGGUGCAGCCAGACUGCCUCCUUAAAUUCCUCCUUCCUGGGCAGGACAUCUCCGAAAAAAAGGCAGGGAUUUAUAGAUAAAAUUGCCAUCUCCUUGGGAUAGAGCAACUGGGGUAAGUGGUGGCUGUGGGUGCAGCUUUGGCAGACUUAAACAGCUCUACUUAACAGCUCUGAAAGAAUCAGCAGAUCUCUCAGCAAAGCAUCUGAGCUCUGUUAAGGGACAGACUGCCUCCUCAAGAGGGUCCCAGACUCCCAUGUAUCCUGGAAGACACCUACUAGUAGGGGCUGACAGAAGAGCUCCGGCUGGCAUCAUACGGAAGAGCUCUGGUUGGCAUCUGGCAGUUGGCACUCUGAGACAAAGCUUCCAGAGGAAGGAACAGUAAGCAAUCUUUGCUGUUCUGCAGCCUAUGCUGGUGAUACUCACACAAACAGGGUCUGGAGUGGACUUUCAGCAAACUGUGGCAGACCUGCAGCAGAGGGGCCUGACUUGUUAGAAGGAAAAAUAACAAACAGAAAUGAAUAAUAUAAAUAUCAACAAAAAAGAUGUCCACUCAGAGAGCUCAUCCAAAGGCCACCAACAUCAAAGACCAAGGUAGAGAACCACAAAAAUGGAGAGAAACCAGCACAAAAAGGCUGAAAAUUCCCAAAAUUAGAAUGCCUCUUCUCCAAAGGAACACAACUCCUUGCCAGCAAGGGAGCAAAACUAGAUGGAGAAUGAGUUUGACAAAUUGACAGAAGUAGGCUUCAGAAGGGAGGUAACAAAAAAACUCCUCUGAACUAAAGGAGCAUAUUCUAACCCAAGGAAGCUAUGAACAUUGAAAAAAUGUUAGAGGAAUUGCUAAUUAUAAUAACCAGUUUAGAGAAGAACAUAAAUGACCUGAUGGAGCUGAAAAGCACAGCACAAGAACUUCAUGAAGCAUAGACACAUAUCAAUAGCCGAAUUGAUAAGUGGAAGAAAGGAUAUCAGAGACUGAAGAUCAACUCAAUGAAAUAAAGUGAGAAGACAAGAUUAGAGAAUAAACAAUGAAAGGAAACAAAGUCUUCAAGAAAUACAGGAUUACGUGAAAAGACCAAAUCUCCACUUGAUUUGUGUCCCUAAAAGUGACAAGGAGAAUAGAAACAAGUUGGAAAACACUCUUCAGGAUGUUAUCCAGAAGAACUUCUCUAACUUAGCAAUGCAGGUCAACAUUCAAAUUCAGGAAAUACAGAGACCCCCACAAAGAUACUCCUUAAGAAGAGCAACCCCAAGGCACAUAAUCAUCAGAUUCACCAAGGUUGAAACGAAGAAAAAAAUGUUAAUCGCAGACAGAGAGAAAGGUCAAGUUACCAUCAAAGGGAUGCCCAUCAGACUAACAGUACAUCUCUUGGCAGAAAACCUGUAAGUCAGAAGAGAGUGAAGGCCAAUAUUCAAUAUUCUUAAAGAAAAGAAUUUGUAACCCAGAAUUUCAUAUCCAGCCAAACUAAGCUUCAUAAAUGAAGGAUAAAUAAAAUAUUUUACAGACACGCAAAUUCUGAGAGGGUUUGUCACCACCAGGCCUGCCUUAAAAGACCACAUUCAGGAAGCACUAAACAUGGAAAGGAACAACCAGUACCAACCACUGCAAAAACGUGCCAAAUUGUAAAGACCUUCGAUGCUAUGAGGAAACUGCAUGAACUAACAUACAAAAUAGCCAGCUAGCAUUAUAAUAACAGGAUAAAAUUCACACAUAAUAAUCUUAUUAAUUUGAAAUGUAAAUGUGCUAAAUGCCCCAAUUAAGAGACACAGACUGGCAAAUUGGAUAGUGUCAAGACCCAUCAGUGUGCUGUAUCCAGGAGACCCAUCUCGUGUGCAAAGACACACAUAGGCUCAAAAUAGAGGAAUGAAGGAAUAUUUACCAAGCAAAUUAAAAGCAAAAAGAAGCAGGGGUUGCAAUCCUAGUCUCUGAUAAAACAGACAUUAAACCAACAAUGAUGAAAAGAAACUGUUUGGAAAACUCUGCCCCUACCGUGAAAGCUCUUUUUCCCUCCCCCACAAAGAGGCUCCCUUAUCUCUCACUCUACAUACCGCCCUAGCCUUCCCGCCCGGCCACAGCCACCUCCCACCCGGCUUCUGCCUCAUCAACACUCCCCAGCUUCCCACCGCCCGGCUUCUGCCUCAUCAGCACUCCCCAGCUUCCCACCGCCCGGCUUCUGCCUCAUCAGCACUCCCCAGCUUCCCGCUGCCCGGCUUCCCACCACCCGGCUUCCCGCCGCCCAGCUUCCCGCCGCCCAGCUUCCCACCCAGUGAUUCAAACUGACCAACUGUUGCCCACCACCUAGGCUCUCUCAGCUUCCCCACUCCCUCAGCCCUUCAGCCCCCUAUAAAAGAACCCUGCUCCUCUGAGUGGCACGGCCAUUUUCCUCUUCUUCCCGGCUGGCCCACCCGGAGGCUCUUUCCUCUCAGUAAAGCCUGAACUUAAAGAUUUUCUUCUAACCUGUGGUCCGGUUUUUUCCGAACAAGCUCAGUCCUCCCGCAGAGGGUAGGUCGGACAAGUGGUGCUGAAACCCGGGAGGCUGGGGCCACUGGCCUGGCCACGGCCCCCUCCCCCGACCUACCCAACACUGGCCCUUACUCUGGGGAAUUUGCAAUGAAAGGGGACGCCUUUACUUUGCAUCUGCCCAACUAUGCCGGAGGGUCUGUAGCUGCGCCUGCCAUGGGAAAUUCAGAGUCCAAAACACCUUCCAGCACCCCCCUUGGGUGCUUGCUGUGAAAUUUUACAAAAUUGGGAGACUCCCAAACCCUCAGAAAGAAAAAGUUUGUCUUCCUGUCCCAGGUGGCUUGGCCCCAAUACAAACUCAGUAACCAGUCACAUUGGCCCCCGACUGGCACUUUCGAUUUCAACACCCUCUGAGAUCUCAACAAUUUUUGUCGCCGCAUGGGCAAGGACAAUGAAAUUCCUUACGUUCAGGCUUUUUGGGACCUCUGUACCCACCCCGACCCAUGUUCUUCCUGCUCCACCUACCAAAUCCUCUUAGCUCGUACCCCUCGUAAAUCUUUUGCCACUACCUCUCUCCCUCCCUACUCCUCACCGGAGGAUCUGCCUGAACAUCUGUCCUCUCCUGCCAAUCUCAGCAACCAGUCGCCAUCAACAGCACGCUCUUCCCCCACUCCCUCUGCACCUCCUACCUCAGAGGCCAUGCCUCGCUCUUCCUCUACUCCCUCUGGGACCCCUCCCUCGGAGGCCACACUUCCUCUUGCCUCUCCAGUGGCAGCCCACACCCGCUCUCACCAACCAACUAUCCUGGCCCCACUCCAAGAAAUAGCAGGCGCUGAAGGUUUAGUCAGGGUCCAUGUUCCUUUCUCACUCCAAGACCUGUCCCAAAUUGAGAAACGUUUAGGAUCCUUCUCAGCCGACCUGUCCACCUAUAUUAAGGAAUUCCAAUACCUCACUCAAGCAUACAGCCUCACUUGGCAUGAUAUCCGCGUUAUCUGUACCUCCACCCUCACAGUAGAGGAGCAUGAGCGCAUCCUAGCAGCAGCCAGAAACCAAGCAGAUAAAGAUCAUGCUAUAGAUAACCAGAUCCCCUUAGGCCCCAAAGCAAUCCCAGGUGAAGACCCCCAAUGGGACUAUCAGGCUAAUUGAGGGUCUGACAUACCCAAGAGGGACCGCAUAAUUAGAUACCUCCUCAGGGGAAUGGAUACUGUAUCUAACAAAGUUGUAAACUAUGAUAAACUAAGAGAAAUCACCCAACUACCCAAUGAGAAUCCCGCCCUUUUUCUCGCCCACUUACAAGAAGCCCUAGUCCGGUACACUCGGCUAGAUCCAGCCUCCCAAAAUGGGGCCACUGUAUUAGCCUCCCACUUUAUCUCCCAAUCAGCACCCGACAUAAGAAAGAAACUAAAGAAAGCAGAAGGGGGCCAGAGACUCCCAUCCAAGACCUGGUAAAAAUGGCCUUUAAAGUAUUCAAUGCCAGGGAAGAUGAGGCUGAGGCUGCCCACCAAACUCACAUGAAGCAGAAGGCUGCCCUCCAGACCCAAGCCCUAAUGGCGGCCCUAAGGCCAGCAGGGAACCAGAAGCCCAAGGCCGAAACCUAUGCCCCUCCAGGGGCAUGUUUCAAAUGUGGAAAGGAAGGACACUGGUCCCGGGCCUGUCCACAACCAUGGCCACCAACUAAGCCUUGCCCUAUCUGUCAGCUCCCGGGACACUGGAAGUCAGACUGCCCCAGCUUCCCCAGGGUGCCGGUUCCUCAAAACAGACACACUGGCGUUACGCAGUCGACGGUCACCCUCGGUAGGGAGGAGCCUGCUUGCCAGGAGCCGACCUCCGAGGGAGCUCCAUUCCCCAGUCUACUAGGGCUGCUAGACGACUAGUGGGGCCCUGGCUUUCCGACUCCGGUUACCCUUGCCGAGCCAAGGGUCACACUUCAGGUAUCGGGUAAAAGUGUCUCCUUCUUGCUGGACACAGGGGCUACCUACUCUGCACUUCCUUCCUAUUCUGGCCGUCUCACCCCUUCCCAGGUCUCGGUCAUGGGAAUCCACGAGACCCUGAGUAUCCCCUACCAAACCCCACCACUCAUGUGCUCAUAUAACUCCACUCCAUUUACCCACUCUUUUUUUAGUAAUCCCCACCUGCCCAGUACCCCUCCUAGGACAAGACAUCUUUCAAAGCUAAAGGCUGUCAUAACCUUCCCCACCGCCAACCCACACAGCCUCUUUCUCCUAGCCCUCACCUCAGAUACCGAACCCCAAAAAGCCCUAUCCGAACUACUCCCCGGAGUCCACCCUCAGGUCUGGGACAUUAACAACCCGUCUGUAGCUACACACCACCAGCAAGUUCAGGUCCGCCUUAAAGACUCCUCACCUUGUUUUCUCUUCCGCCCUCAAUUUCUCAUCUCUAAAGCCCACCGUAUGGGUAUCCGACCCAUCAUAGAGAAACUAAAAGGUCAAGGCCUCCUAAUCCCCAUUAACUCCCCAUGUAAUACCCCCAUCCUCCCAGUACGAAAACCCUCGGGACAAUAUAGACUGGUCCAGGACUUGCGCUUGGUCAAUGAAGCCGUAAUUCCCAUACAUCCAGUUGUCCCCAACCCAUACACCAUUCUCUCUAACAUUCCCCCAAGGGACCACCUGUUUCUCAGUCUUAGACCUAAAAGAUGCCUUCUUUACUAUACCUCUACACCCCAACUCCUACUUUAUCUUUGCCUUCACUUGGGAUGAUCCCCUUACGAACAUCCCCUUACGAACAUGUCCCAACAACUGGCCUGGACAGUCCUUCCACAGGGCUUCCGAGACAGCCCGCACCUAUUCGACCAGGCACUCGCCACUGACCUACUCCACUGUAGCCUCAAGCCCUCUCACCUCCUCCAGUAUGUAGAUGACCUUCUUAUUUGCUCUCCCACCCACCAAGAGUGUAUCCAGGCCACCACCGCCCUACUCAAUUACCUAGGAGAUAAGGGAUACCGGGUGUCACCAACCAAAGCACAAAUAGCCUCACCCACCAUCACCUACCUAGGUAUACAGCUCAUGCCUUGGCGACGGUCCAUCACAAUCGACUGAUUACAAGCCUUAAAAGCGCUCCAGGCCCCUGAGUCAGCAAAAGAAAUCCUCUCCUUCCUAGGACUAGUAGGGUUUUUUCGCCACUGGGUACCUAAUUAUGCUUUGCUAGCUAAACCCCUAUACCAUGCUGCUGCAGAAGCCCCCGAGGGACCACUCUCCUCACCAGGUUCUGUCAACCGGGCGUUCAAGUCACUGCUUAAUGCCCUAUGUACCUCCACCAGCCUAGCCUGCCUAAUCCCAACUUACCCUUCCAAUUAUAUACGGACGAGAAACAACACACAGCUGUAGGAGCGCUAGUCCAACCAGUAGGAAAGACCCUUCUGCCCAUAGCCUACCUGUCUAGACAACUUGACCCAAUUGAGCGAGGAUGGCAGCCCUGCCUUAGAGCCCUAGCUGCCGCCAUCACCCUAACCACAGAAGCUCUUAAGAUCAAUCUACAACUCCCACUCCAAGUCUUCUCUCCACACAGGUUGACUGAGCUGCUCAGUCAACACUCUCUGCCCCACCUCAGGCCCUCCCGUAUCCAACUGCUUCACCUACUGUUUAUUGAGAACCCCAAUAUCACUCUCUCCCACUGCUCCUCGUUAAACCUGGCUACCCUCCUCCCUUGCCCUCCGUAUGCCAGCCCCCUACAUUCCUGUACUGAAAUCCUCAAAUUAGCCCAGUCCCCUCGCCCCGACUUGCUCCCUCAACCCUUACCAUCUGCCUCCAUCACCCUAUUCAUUGAUGGCAGCUUUAUACCCCAUCCCACCGGGCCACGGAGAGCAGCCUAUGCUAUAGUAAUUCACUCUGAAGUUAUAGAAACCUGCUCCCUUCCUCUUGGGACCACUUCACAACAGGCUGAACUGGUCGCCCUCACCCGGGCCCUAUCCAUGUCCCAGAACAAAGAAGUAAAUAUAUAUACUGACUCCAAGUACUCCUUCCUCAUAGCUCACUCACACUGCAUGAUCUGGAAAGAACGAGGCUUCCUCACCACUAAGGGCACGCCCGUCCUCAAUGGAAAACUCAUUGCUGCCCUUAUUCAGGCUGUUCAACUCCCUAGCAAGGUAGCCAUCAUCCACUGUAAAGGGCAUCAGUCCCUGAACUCACCCAUAGCCGCGGGGAAUGCCUUUGCAGACAGGGUGGCUAAAGAUAUGGCAAGAAACCAUCCGCCACCCACUUCCACUCUCUGUUUCUUGUGCAAGUCAUAUAGCCCCCAAUACUCCGCCUCAGAACUUCAGAUUCUCCAGUCUACCCCCGGGGUACAGUUCACGGAUGACUGGGCCUUCAAGCAUAACCUCCUCAUCCUCCCUGAAAAGCAAAAGUACCAAAUAAUCAAAGACAUCCACAAUUCACUCCACAUUGGACCUAAAGCCCUAUACCAGUUCCUCAACCCACUUUUUCACCCCCACCACCUCCUCAGUACCAUACAGGAAGUCCAGUCCUCCUGUACUGUCUGCGCGAAAACUAAUUCCCAGGGUUCCUGUCUUCCUCGGCGCCAGCUUCAUCAGCUACAUGGGUUCCUACCUGGCCAAGACUGGCAGAUCGACUUUACUCAUAUGCCAAAGCACAAACAGUACUGCUAUCUGCUAACCAUUGUUGACACUUUUUCAGGCUGGAUUGAAGCUUACCCCACAGCCUCUGAGUCUGCUGGGACAGUGGCCACUCAUCUCAUUCAAGACAUCGUCCCACGCUUUGGACUCCCAGCCACCAUAUAGUCAGACAACGGCCCAGCCUUUAUCUCCAAAGUCACUAAUGCUGUUUCUACCUCUCUAGGAAUUCAGUGGAAGCUACAUGCUGCCUACCAUCCUCAGUCCUCUGGUAAGGUGGAACGGGCCAAUGGCCUAAUAAAGGAGCAUCUGACCAAGCUCAUGCUUGAGCUCCGCCAAUCCUGGGUAACCUUGCUUCCUAUCGCCCUCACCAGGUUAAGAGCAAGCCCCCGGGGCCCAUCACAGCUUAGCCCGUUUGAGCUGCUGUAUGGUCACCCCUUCCUACUUUCAACUCCCCCACCGCCAGAAACCACUCCUCUAGACAGCUACCUCCCCUACUUUACUCUCCUUCGCAACCUUCUCUGAGAGCAUGCCAACGCUUCUCUUCCCCAACCCACCCAGCCAUCAGAAAAUAUGCAAAAAGUCUCCCCCGGAGACUUAAUUCUUAUUAAAUCCCUCUCCCCUAAGCUCCUCACCCCCAAGUGGGAGGGACCAUAUACCGUCAUCCUCACUACUCCAUCGGCCAUAAAAGUUGCUGAAGUCCCAUCUUGGGUUCACCUGUCUUGGGUAAAAAAGGCCCCUCAUGGACCCUCCUCAUGCUGGAAGGCUGUUCCUACUGGCCCUUUAUCUGUCAAACUUACCAGGGCCUAGCAGCCACAGCCCCUAAAGAUGGAGAUUUUUUGUAACUGAAAACUAUACCAAAACCACCUUUAUCUGUAACACCCCCCCAUACAGCCAAAACCAUCUUCUUGCAACUGCUGACUGCCCCGCAGCUGGGUGCCAAAGCGCCAUAUACCUAAUCUUCACUCAUUUCUACAAUGUCCAUGAUGGAAUUGGGGUUUUACCUGUCAUAUGCUUCAACUAUGACCAACCAUCAGGAAAAUGCAGUAAUACUCCCUGGCACUCCUACAUGGGAUGUAACUGGGGAUACUGUAAACUACAUGUAGCUACAACACCAGGAGACCCACUAAGCGAUCUCUCCCAACUCAAAAUUGUUCCAGAUGUAGAUAGAGAAGGAAAUGUCAGAACCGGUUAUACACGGUAUUCUCUUCUCAUUCCUGACCCUUGGAAUGACCGGUGGAAAAGCCCUCAGAAAGCUGCCUUAUAUGAUUUCCGAGACACUGCAUAUCCCUCCUCCCACCUGUACAUUUAGCGGGCAUACGUACGUAUGGUCCACCAAGUCCACUCCGCUAUUAACCUACAAGAAAAAUCUCUGAAUAACCAAUUGCAACCACAGUCGCCUCUGUUUUCCUGGCUAACCUUUCUCAAAGAAGGAAUCAAGUUAGCUAACCUCUCAGGAUUAACUGACCUAACCUCAUGCCUCAUGUGUGCCUCCUUAGGACAAACUCCCUUUGUCGCAGUCCCCUACCCCAUCCCUCUCAACCUUUCAGCCUCAACUUCUCCCUUCUCCCCCAUCAGAGAAGUAAAUCUCUACAUUCCACCUGAUUUUACACAGCUACCAGUAUGCUACUCCCUAGGCCGGAACUACCCCAACUGUAACAAAACCAUACUGGUAACCACCAAUCUGACAGCUCCAAAGGGAACCUUCUUCUGGUGUAACAGAACCCUUACAAAAACUCUCCAUACCGGCCAAUCCCCAACUCUCUUAUGCCUCCCAGUGACCUUAGUCCCCCGACUCACUAUAUAUUCCUCAGCCGAAUUCCAAAUGCUACAAGCACCGCUCCACCGCACCAAGUGAGCUGCUUUUCUGCCCCUAGCUGUAGGCAUCUCCCUAGUAACCUCAGCACUUGCAGCAGGACUGGGAGGAGGAGCACUAGCCCACUCUCACCAAGCUAUAGCCCGGCUAACCUCACAAUUCCAAACUGCUGUUGAUGACUCUGCUGAGUCAUUAGCAUCACUCCAACGACAGAUUACCUCAGUUGCCCAAGUUGCCUUGCAGAACCGAAGAGCCCUGGAUCUGCUCACCGCCGAACAAGGAGGAACCUGCAUCUUCCUACAGGAAGAGUGCUGUUACUAUAUCAAUGAAUCCGGCCUAGUAGAAACCCGAAUCGAGAACCUCCAGAAACUCAGAACUAACCUGCAGAAUCAAAAAUUCUCAGCUGAAGCCACAGAGUGGUGGUCUUCCUCUAUGUAUACCCUCUUGUCCCCGCUGCUUGGGCCCCUAAUAGCUGUUUGCCUAAUCUUACUUAUUGCUCCUUGCUUUCUACAGUUUCUACAGCGGCGCUUUCAAGAACCAACUCGAGUCACCAUCCACCAGAUGCUGCUCCAACCUUACCCUGAACGAGUGCUAGAAGUGGACCUCUCCCCAAACAUCCAGAAUCCUUAGGAAGAGAAACCUCUUCAGAACCCCCGGUCGACCCUUGUCAGCAGAAAGUAGCCAGAGAGACAACCGAUGCCCCUGACCCCCUCUUUUUCUUUUCUUUUAAGGAGUCGGGAAUGUUUGGAAAACUCUGCCCCUACCGUGAAAGCUCUCUUUCCCUCCCCCGCAAAGAGGCUCCCUUAUCUCUCACUCUACAUACCACCCUAGCCUUCCCCCCUGGCCACAGCCACCUCCCGCCCAGCUUCUGCCUCAUCAGCACUCCCCAGCUUCCCGUUGCCCGGCUUCCCGCCACCCAGCUUCCCGCCCAGCGGUUCAAACUGACCAACCGUUGCCCACCACCUCGGCUCUCUCAGCUUCCCCACUCCCUCAGCCCUUCAGCCCCCUAUAAAAGAACCCUGCUCCUCUGAGCGGCACAGCCAUUUUCCUCUUCUUCCCGGCUGGCCCACCCGGAGGCUCUUUCCUCUCAGUAA